AUGUCGGUGGUUUCGAGCGCGGCAAGCACAAAGAGCGGGAAGAGCGCAAAGAGCGUGAAAAGCGCAAAAAGCGCCAAGAACAAAGAGGAAGAGGAGGUGGCGAACAAAGUGAAAUUGCUUGUCCGGAAGCGUGGCCAAGCGAUGGCGAAGGUGACCAACACCAAGAAAACCGUCGACACGAUCGGAAACGACCUAACCCCAGCGCAGCUGCUCGUGUUCCAGAAGCAGCUCAACAACUACUACUCGGAGUGGCACUUCUUCCACGACCAGAUACUGGAUCUGGUCGAUGAUGAGCAGGUGCAGGACCACAUGGACAACUGCAACAAAUUCGAGGAGCACUACGCGGUGGUGCUGACCGUCCUGGAGACCGUGUCCCUGGCGCAAGCAGCUCCGGCCCGGCAAGAAGAGAAAGUCGUCUUUCAGCAGCAGCCGCUGAAAGUUCCGAUGCCGAGCUUCGACGGCAAGUACGAGAAUUGGCCGAAAUUUAAGUCGAUGUUUCUCGACCUGAUGAGCCGAUCGCGAGACUCCGACGCAAUCAAGCUGUACCACCUCGACAAGGCUCUCGUUGGAUCAGCUGCCGGCUUCAUCGACGCGAAGACAAUCAACGACAACAACUACGAGCACGCAUGGAACAUGCUGGAGGAGCAAUACGAGAACUUGCGGAUCAUCGUGGAUACCCACAUUCGUGGCCUCCUCAGUCUCAAGAAGAUGACCAAGGAGUCGUACAAGGAGCUGAAAGAGCUACUGGACGAGUGCACGCGGCACGUCGCGAACCUCGAGUACCACGGUCAAGAGCUGACCGGAGUGUCGGAGUUGAUGGUAGUAAAUCUACUGUCGGAAGCCCUGGACAAGGGAACGCGCAAGAAUUGGGAGUCGACGCUCGCUCGCGGUGAGUUGCCAACCUACGAGGACACCGUGGCUUACCUCAAGGCGCAGUGCAACGUGUUGGAGCGGUGCGAGGCUGCAAGUGCGUCGACAAAGAGUCCACAAACAAAACCUACUGCGGCGCCAAAAACGACGUCGUACAAGUCACACGCGGCCACGACAGCAGAGAAGACAUCCACGCAGUGCGACUUCUGCGCCGGCGAUCACAUUAACUUCAGUUGCCCCGAUUUCGCCAAGCUAUCAACCAACCAGAGAACCGAGAAGGUGAAGGCGCACCGACUGUGUUUCAACUGCCUGCAGAAGGGGCACAGCGCCAAAGAGUGCAGGUCGAAGAACUCUUGCAGAAAGUGUGAGAAGCGCCACCACACGUUGCUGCACUUCGAGAACGCUCAGCCAGCCAGAUCGUCACACGCCCAGUCGGCGCCCAAGCAGGAGGAGUCGAAACCGAACGUGUCACCAAAGCCCGAGUCCGUGGAGCCGCUACCAAGCGGAUCAUCCGCAACGUCGUGUGUUUGCAACCAGCCUCAAGACUCCCAGGUGUUCCUGAUGACAGCCAUCGCGCAGGUAGUGGACAACAGCGGCGUAGAGCAUCAGUGUCGCAUCCUCCUGGACUGCGCCUCGCAGGUUAGCACCAUCCGUGCAGGCCUUGCCGCGAAGCUAGAUCUACCUACAAGAUCGGUGAACACUGUAGUCGUCGGUGUGAACGGUAAGCGCAGCAACAUCACUCACGAGGUAAGCGUAUCCUUGCAAUCCAUGUACGACAAUUUCCGGGCCACUGUGGACUGCCUGGUCAUGGAGGAGGUAACCAGCAAUCUACCAACCGUGCUGGAGGACGUUUCCUCCUGGGAACUUCCAUCCGGGAUUCAGCUGGCGGAUCCCUCGUUCUUCGUCCCUGGGGAGGUGGACCUCCUUCUGGGGGCCAAACACUUCUGGAGUGCCAUGAAGAGUGGCAAACGCAAACUUGGUCCUGGAUUUCCGGAGCUGCGGGAGACACAAUUUGGCUGGGUGGUAGUGGGGCUCGCUCGAAGGGGUUCUCCGCUGUCCAAACGUUGA